GAAUAUCAAUCAGAGAGACUCUAGGAGAGAAAAAGAGAGGCAGAGAAGUUGGACGGAGACGCAAAAGACCGACAUAUAUAUUAGUAAACCUUCUCGGACAAGGUAUUGAGCCAAAGAGUCUUCUUUGGGAAUGGGUUCUUAUAUUUUCGAGCCUUUAAAAGGCAUACAUUAGAUUUAGGUCUGGAUUACCGUCGUCACCGGAGAGUUAAAUCCACCCGUUAAAAACACUUUGCGCGUGCGGAAGGAGUUUUUAUUUGUGAUCCGUUGGAUUUGCAGUGGGAGAGAUGAGUGACAGAAGGCGCUCGGCCGCCGCGCUGAGUUCACGAGCUCACGCCUUUUCGGUAGAAGCUCUGAUCGGGACAAACAAGAAGCGGAAGCUCCGGGGUUGGGAAGAAAAGGAGCUGGAGCUGUCUAUGGAGAGCCUCGCGAGCAACGGACAAUUGGGAGACAGCGAGGACCCUGCUAACUGUCUGGAUAUCGACCCGGAUUCGGAAGCCAGCCCGGGUUCUGACGGCGAGGGUCUGGCAGAGAGGACGUCCUGCUCGUUCGGUUCUCCGGCGGACUUGACCCCGACCCCCUGCGAUCCUUCACCCUCUGUGUCUAUGGACGAGAUCCAGGUGGAGUUGCAGUGCGCGGAUCUGUGGAAACGCUUUCAUGACAUUGGCACAGAAAUGAUUAUUACAAAGGCAGGAAGGAGAAUGUUCCCUGCUAUGAGAGUUAAAAUCGUUGGAAUGGAUCCACAUCAGCAGUAUUACAUUGCUAUGGACAUUGUACCUGUGGACAACAAGAGAUACAGGUAUGUGUAUCACAGCUCAAAGUGGAUGGUCGCGGGUAAUGCGGAUUCCCCGGUGCCUCCCAGGGUUUAUAUCCAUCCGGAUUCAUUGGCUUCUGGAGACACCUGGAUGAGACAGGUGGUCAGCUUUGACAAACUCAAACUCACCAACAAUGAACUGGAUGAUCAAGGCCAUAUCAUCCUGCACUCCAUGCACAAAUAUCAACCCCGUGUCCAUGUGAUCCGAAAGGACUUCAGCAGCGAUCUAUCUCCAACCAAACCUGUUCCCAGCGGGGAAGGUGUGAAGACCUUCAGUUUCCCGGAGACUGUUUUUACCACAGUUACAGCCUACCAGAACCAACAGAUCACCCGUCUAAAGAUCGACCGCAACCCAUUUGCCAAAGGAUUCCGGGACUCUGGAAGAAACAGAACUGGGUUGGAGGCAAUAAUGGAGACAUAUGCUUUUUGGAGGCCCCCGGUAAGGACGUUGACGUUUGAGGACUUCACCAACAUGCAGAAGCAGCAAGGCGGGAGUACUGGCACCUCUCCCACUACCUCCAGCACUGGCACUCCGUCUCCUUCUGGUGCGACACACCUUCUCUCCCCCUCAUGCUCUCCUCCUACUUUCCAUCUGGCUCCAAACACCUUCAACGUGGGUUGCAGGGAGAGCCAGUUGUGUAACCUAGGCUUGUCCGAGUACCCAGCUUGCGCCAGAAGCAACAUGGCUGCCCUUCAGGGUUACGGAGGGUUGGGCGAUGGUUCCUACGGCCGUCUCCAGACAGCGGGAGGUGCUGUAACCUCUGGCCAGGCUUCAGAUUCAUUCUUGCCCCAGAGGACUUCUUCUCUUAUCGCUGCAGGGAUGCAGGGUGGGGCACAUGCCUCACUGGCCGCUGGAAACAACAGUGGAGGCAGCAGUGGGGGUAAGAUGGAUGCAUAUGGAAGUCAGCUGGCCUCCUUUCCUGCAUCCCAACUGCAGUACGUAAUGCAGGCAGGGGCAAACUCCGCCUCCGGUUCGUCGGCUCCAUCAGGCACCUCCCCUUCCUCUGCCCACAUGUUCACUGGGAGCCAUCAUCACGUGCAGCAGGGCACAUACAACGCCUUUUCCCUUCACAAUCCUUACAACCUGUACGGAUACAACUUCCCGGCCUCGCCGCGCCUGGCAGCCAGCCCAGAGAAGCCUCAGGGUGGCUUGCUCUGCUCCUCCUCCUCGGCUGGAGCGUUCGCUGAACGCCAAUAUCUGUCUAACAGCGGCAUGGACAGUAUGCACAUGAUCGGCAACCCCGCCAGCAGCCAACAGGGGGCCGGCAGCUGUGAUGGCCGCCAGUAUGGCUCCUCCACUCAGAUGUCCAUGCACAUGGUUUGAAAACAGAGCAAACCAAAAACAGAUCAAAACACCAAACACGGAGAGCUGCUGCAGUUAGUUUGCUCAGCUCUCAGUGUUCAUCAUUCAUAUUUUCUCAUACAUUGGUGGGUAUUUCGCCAGUGUUCUGCUGCUGGUUACACCAGCCAUUUCCAUGUGGUCUUAGUAUACAAAGGACUUCUCAAUACAGAAAUACCUUAUCACUCAUCAGACUGUAACUGAGUGAAAGUCUCUUACGUGACAUACUGGUAAAAAUGGAUAUUUAAGCUAUAAGGACUGCCACUGACCUUGACCAUGUGCAAAAAAACUCAGCUUUUAGAGGAUGUUCUUGAUGGAUUCUGGUGAAGAUUCAUAUCUGGUGCAAUAAUGAGAACAAUAACACAUCCCCAUAUAGGACUCUGUGAAAUCACCAUGAACCUGAGACAUCUGCAAAACCGUGAGCAAAUACACUUUGUCAGGAUGAAUUUUAUGUUGUUGAUAACUAAGUGGUAAAAUGCAAUGCUUGUGAGGUUAUGAUUCAGUGUUAAAUCAUCCUGAGGGAUCCACAGAUAAUGCAGAUAAAAUAAAAAUCUGCUCUAUUGGAUUGAUACUGAAAUGUUGAACUUUUGCCAACUAUUGGUUGGAAAAUGGCUUAACUAUGUCCUUAAUAGAUUACCUUCAUAAACAUAUAAGCAAUAGUGAAUGCACGCAGGGGUUUUAAAUUGUUGUGUGGAUAAAACAAUAGGAAGACAAGGUAUAAAAGUUAUAUUCUUUUGAGUGUUGUAGAUGAAUAUAUUUAAAUGCUAAGCAAUGUUACAAUUAUAUGGCCAGUUUAUGGUGAAAUUAAAACAGUGUUGGUAAGGAAUUAACAAAUGCUGUUUUAGACUUUGAAGACUGUAAAUACAGGUGCCAAGCACAUGAACUUCAUUAAAUAAACAUUAUAAGUCAUUA